AUACUAAAGCCAGUCCCCGUAGCGUCAACAUUCCGUCACCCAGAUAAGGUGGCUAGAGGUAGUGUCAGCCAACACCCGCAGUUAAAAUCCAACCUGUGGAGCGAUAGGUCGACUUUGAUUCGUGUUGUGAUUUUGUAACCGUCCAGCAACGAAAACCGAAAAUGGGCAACGUAUUAUUCUCAAUAAUUUGGCUCAUCAUUCUGAUAUUCAUCGGAUUUUGGAUAGCUGGAAUUGCAGCUGGCUUUUAUAUCCUUCUAAUUCCAUUCACAGUUUGCAUAGAACCGCUAUCGGGACUCACGGACUUCCUCCUGUCAGUAAUACAGUUCCCGAAAUAUUGCGCGCAGGCUAUGAUGGACGGAAAAGGCUUUAAUUAAUCUUAGAACUAGACAAUUAAUUUAUUUUCCAAUAUCACUUCGUGCCAUAAGUCUUAAAUGUUUCAGUUUUUCUGUUAAUAUUUUUUAAUUUACAUCUGUUUUAAUAUAAUGUUUAUUAUGAAAUAGGGCUUGGCACAGACAGCUUUUAAUCUUUCCUAUAAUUUUGGUAUUUUAUUUACUUAUCUGUAUUUGUCUUCAACUUUGAAAUAAUUCUGUGCAGGCCAGGAGGUAUUUGUAUAGUAAAAUAAAAUAAAAAUGUAAAACAUUUACUGAAUACUUACAACUUUAAAAAGAAUCAACAGUCAUGUAUUUACAGUUAAGAGAGUCAAU